AUGGCCCAGGAAGAGCGUUCUGUGCGAGAAUUUUUGGUGUCUUUGCCGCGCUUGGCCAACGAUGUUUAUAAUGAAGCGGUGAGUUUUACUGUGUGGCAGACACUAGAACAAUGCGUAACACAAGGCGUUGGGAAUAUUAAUUGGCAAAGCCAGAGAGCAUUUUUCCAGUCCCCAAAUUGGCAACGGGGUGUGUAUGAUACUGUACGACUGCCAUCUGAUUGGCGCGAUGCGUUCUUCAACCUGACUGACAUUAUAAUAGAUGGUGUUGAAUACGGUCAUAGGGGCUCAAGUUGCAGCAGGAUCUGUAAGCCGACCGAGACUGUGUUUUACUGUUUUGACUGUACACGAAAUCCGCUGUACGAGCUCUGCGGUCGAUGUUUCGACCCUCUCCGGCACACAGGCCAUCGAUAUACUUCGCGGGUGGUUACACGACCGGAAGGCCGUGUUUGCCAUUGUGGUGAUUCAAGUGGACUUGCUGCCUCUAGCACGGACUACGCAAUCACCAACAAGUGUCGCAACGCUGCUAACAACGUACCGAGACAUUUGGACUACCUUCGAGACUCGGAUUCUAAUUUGAUCGAUGUUUUUGAACAGGUUUUGGACUAUAUCAUUGAUACAACUGUAUUUUUGAAGGAGCUUUCCGAAGCUUCUAAUAAGACCGUAUUGGCUCAUGACGAUGAAACUCCAGAGAUCAUCAAAGAUGAAUACGUGCUUCAGCUAUAUGACAACGACAGCAAUCUACACGUAAAAGAUUUGGUUUCCAAGAUCAGCCUUGUUCUCGACAAGCCCAUUGAAUUUAGUUUGAUGAUGACAGAAUGUUUACAAAAAGGAGACCCAUUCAUCAUACUAGCAAAGUCUAGCGAUGCUGCUAAAUUGGAAAGUAUUCGCGAGGGAUUUGCGAUGGAAAAUAUCAAUUUACAGUUAAAAACUACAACGGAUGUUUUCAAGGAGUACUUGGUCGAUGAGCUUACAAACUGGUUAUAUAAGCUCUGUCUUAACAAUCCGUCUUUGUGCCUAAAAAUGUCGCUGAGAGUCGCAAUGUGUGGAAUAUGGAGACCGGGACUUUUAUCUACGAAAUAUUCUCCGGGAAUACUGACUCCUUUUGCUACAAAAAUCGCAUUGCUAGGCGGUUUCGUAGUGCCUUUUGAGCAACGCGAUACUUUUCCUUGGCCUAAGCCCUGGCUUUUCCCCCACCCCAAUGAAGAAGCUCAUGAUCCGAACAUUUUGCGAAUAAUGCAACACUACGAUGGGCAUCUGAAAAAUACUAACACGAAAGAUACAUCUCCUAGAUUUAGUUCACUCGAAGGAUCUAGAUUUCAGAAUCUGCUAGUUCAGGGCACAACGCUACUGCCUAAAAUCUGGAGGUGUCGAUUACUCAAGAUAGUGAGCUGUAUAUUCACGAUAGUUGACGAUUCGCGCAACUGUAUGGCUGCUCAGUACAUUGACAUUUACCCUAACCUACUUUACAAUACUGUUGCUUCAGACUCCAUUGGCUACAAACUUUCUCUCAUGAGUUCACUAUCUCAGCUUAUUUUUCAGAUACCUAAAAUUGCAAACUUAAUUAUUCCCUCCGGCUUCAUUGAGCGCGUAAUUCAGGUUGCGUUUACGCUGAUGGCUUUUUCUCCUGAGGACUUGGUGGAAUGCCCGCCCGUGCCACUUUAUCGCGAUUUUAAGCUCCCCAACGAUGCUAUUAAGAACAAACGCAGUGUCAUUUGCUUCAAAGAUGUGUACCUCGUGAUGUCCACUAAUACUGUGCCCGAAGUAUUACUUUCCUCAGAAUCAAUACUAAGGUGUGUGGUCAAUUGCUUCGCUGCUUUUAACAACGUACUUUCUUUAAGACGAGAAACUUCUGAGCACGUCGAAUUUGAAAAUUUCGAGUUUUCCUCCUACUACUUUUACUUCUCUUCUAUUCUUGUGAUGGUAGACGGCUAUACCAGAAACAUAUGUCUUCUCCGCAAUGCAGAAGAAAGAACGAGAAUAGUACGCCACUUUUUGGAAACUUCAAUGAUAAAGGAAUUUGAGCUAUUGAGGACUUCAAGACAGGUUUUCAAAGAAUGCGCGCCGUUUUCGGUUGUAAACGAGAAUAUUGGAGGUCUACGAGUGUUUCAAGAAACUAUCUGUAAUACCGUAUCAGAUGUUAUCGACUUUAAGGUUGGCGUGGCAUGCCAAAGUUUUUUCAAUCCGAUGUCUUACUUUUUCAAGUUUGUAACACUUUGGAGCCAGUGCGGCAGGUAUGAGCCUUUACCGUAUGCGUUCAAUGACUACCUUCAACCUGAAAAUGUCUUUGACGAUAAGAGGCAAAUUAAUUGGAUGUGUGAAUCUGCAUUAUCUACUUUGGUACUAUUGGCUCAAGUCAAUGCCGGAUUCUGGGUUAGAAAUGGGUCACCCAUUCAACACCAAGCAAGGAUGUACACGAAGUAUAGCAUGCGGGAGUUCACGUACUUCAGUGAUAUAUAUAUGGUGCAAUUGGCCAUGAGCAUCGCUGAUCCAAACAACUUCUUAGUCACUUACUUAACUCGGUGGGGGUUGAAGAGCUGGGCACAAGGCAUACCCAUUGGUGACUAUCCAGAAACUGAGAUUACUACCUCAAUGGCAGACCAGUCUUUAUUGCUCUUAAUUCAGCUUUUUAGUGAGGUAAGAAGCUUAGCAAUGAAAUCGUCAAUUGAAGGAUUCGAGAAAACAAUGCAAGCAGAAAUUGUACAUGCUUUGUGUUUCAAAAACUCGACUCAUAGUGAUUUGCUAAAUUCGAUACCAGAACACGUCACAAAGCAUCCCGCAUUCGAACUUUAUUUGCAUGAGAUCGCGACCUAUACCCCACCUAACGAGCUAAUGGAUGCUGGCAUCUACACGUUAAAGAAAGAGCACUUUUCCUCUGUUGAUCCUUAUUUUGUUGGGUACUCUUCAAGCAAAAGAUAUGAAGCGGAAAAAUUAGUUCGAAAUAACAUGGCUUCCAGCUUACACUGCGAGUAUGAUCAAACCUUUGUCACUGCUAGAGAAUGUACCUCAAAAUUGAGAGGCACGCCGUUUAGUAAUCUUUAUCAAAUCUCAGGAACAGAGCUUUUUGGGAACUUUAUCAAGAAUACACUAGAUCAUAUCGGUAAACUUAAGCAUGAAGUGAUGCUUGGAAAGGUUACACACUUGAUCCAUUUGUGCGUCUUAAACAACGUCAUUGAAUUCUCGACAGUAUUUUGGAGGGAAUAUGGCAGCUCAAGUUCGGAAUAUCUUCACUAUAGCAGCAUUGGCUCUCUUCUGUAUUCAUUCCUUUCCAAAGACGAGUUCGUGAAUGAACAUGGUAAAAUUCGUGAGAUAUUCCGAUAUAUCUCCGAAAAAGCUCCCCAUAAUGACGUCGAAGGUUUCUUAAGCGAGCAGACCCCCUCCCUCAAUUUCACUUUACUGACGAAACCUAAUUAUUGCGGUGACAAGAAAGACGAGGAGUUUGAGAAGAGAAAACGACUGGCUAAGAGUAAGAGGCUCAAACUUAUGAAGCGUAUCGCUAAGCAACAAAGGAAGUUCCUCGCCAAUAACAAGCUGCCACUUGAAGAAGAACCAUGCAAAAGUUAUGACAAAGAAUCAAUUGAGGAAGACUGGAUUCUGCCCGAAGCUGCUUGUGUCUUUUGUAAGAUGGAGAAAGGUGACGAUACCUUUGUGUAUUUCAGUUAUCUGGAAAAGAACAUAUGCGGCAAGAGCCUUAAUCCUAAGGAAUUGUGUUCAGAUGUUGCACUUAAGAGGCUUGGUGAGAAACAGCAAAUUAGAGAAGGAGUUAGUGUGCAGCCGGUUCUUCGCACAUGCGGGCAUGGAUCGCACGAAAGCUGUUUAACUAGCCACAUGAAGUCAAUGAGAGCUGUGCACAAUCACAUAACAAAGAAUGUCCCCAGAUCUUUUGGAUUCUCUUUGAUGUUUUGCCCGUUAUGUUCGGCCUUGACAAAUUCCUUCUUACCGCGUCUCAGAUACAUUCAUGACCAGCCUUCCAGUGCGUCCUUUGCGCUCAACGAUCUGAGAAGAAAUUCACAGAAAAAUGGUUUUAAUGUUUGCAACAAAGCAAUGACAAUUUUGCAUCACCUAAUAAAUAAAGACGGCGAUAAAAACAUGCGUCCAAUUGAAGUUUUAUGCAAAAUUUAUGCGAACACUGUCAAAAAUGCGGAGGUUGCAUCUCGAAAAGAGCGAAAAGGACUCGAAUCCGAAUUUACUCGAGCAACCUAUCUGAAUAACCACCACUUGAUAACCUUAAAGCUGCUCUCGCAAAUGAGAAAUUUCUUUGUUCACAACUACGAUUUCUUAAGUGCUGUAUUGAAAUAUCCUUAUGCCGCACUACCGACAGCAGUCGACUUUGUUAGCUGGGAGAAAUUUAUUGGAAAACAUCAAGAUACUGACCUUUUUGAAGCUGCCAUCAUGCAAUUGUCGAAAUACUCUCCAAUCUCUCAAUUUAGCGAAAGUUUUUGCAUCUCAGAAUACGUGAAGAAAAGUUUACAUCAAGACAUAAUCGCUACAGUGAGGGGUCUCACUAGCAUCUCAUUAUUGAAAAAGAAGGACCACGAUAUUUUUCGUUGUGAAAAAAGCAGGGCCAUGCUAUCAGAAUCAGUUACUGACGAAGAAGCCAAUCUUAUCGCAUAUCUACUAAAAUGCUAUUUUUCCGCGAUCGGAGUCGAAUUUCCCAAAAAUAUUGGCACUACUCUUGGCCCCGCAAUGAGACUUCUACGCAACUCAAUGACGGUGCGCAUGAGGAGAUUAGCGGCUCUUCUGUAUUCAGAGGGCCUAACGCAAAUAAUUGUGAGAGAUCAAUUAACCAACUUUAACAACUUAGACUUUUUACUAAAAUUUUGCGGUAUGCCUAAUUUUGCGGAGGUGUUAAAUGAAUACAGCGAGAAUACCAUGAGAAAGGUGGUAGACGUAUUGGAGCAUGAGAUGUCAAUGGGCAGGAAAGACUCUUUCAUGCGGAAAGUCGAUAAUCGAGGACUUUAUAUUUUUGAAGAAAAUUCAUUGAUUGAGUUGCCCAAAUCGUAUUCUGAACUGAUGGACGUCGAUAACAAUUAUAAUCAAAUGAAAUCUAAAAAGGAGGAACUCGCAGUUUGUUUGUUUUGUGGAGACCGCGUCCAUGUACAAAAUGCGGUCGCUUUGCAAAAUUAUACAAUCGGGGAGUGUACAGACCACUGUCUUUACAAUUGCCCUGUUAAGUCGAUCUACGGUUGCUUCCUAAUGGUCAUGAGCAACACAGUUUAUUUAUCAUACGGCUACAGGGGCACCUUCUACCAAGCGCCAUUCAUGAACAGUCAUGGCGAGACAGACGAGGAUUACCGAAGUGGAAGCCCGGUGUUCUUGAAUAAAGAACGGUAUUUGUAUUUGAGCCAGGACAUAAUACUGGGCAACAUGGUGCCGCAUCUAGUAUUCAGACUAACGGACAAUAAUUCUGACCUGGGAGGUUGGGAAAGCAUGUAG